AUGCUGACCUCGAAGGAGCUCAAGGCGACGCUGCGCCGGAUUCUUCCGAGCAUGGACGCGGAUGUGAGUGUGGCCACGCUCAUGAAGGCGCUCGAGACCGAAAUGGACAUGGACGCCGACGAGCGCAAGGCCAUCAAGUCGAUGGUCAAAAGCAUCGCGCCCGACAUGCUGCAUCUCGACGACGACGAUGAAGAUAUCCGGCCGCGCAAGAAGACAAUUGCCAAGAAGACUCUCGCCAAGAAGACCAAACACAUCGUGCAAGACUCGGACGACGAGGCCGGCAGCAGCCAAGGCGAGCCCGAGCCGUCGGCCGACAGCGACGUCUCGGACGCGCCGCCAUCGAAACCCAGCAAGCGUCGUGUACCUGCCAGUGACAGCGACGAGAGCGACAACGCGACGCCCGUCAAGAAGCCCAGCACGAAAAAGUGUGCCACAAGUCGCCGCGCUGCGUCCUCGGACGACGAAUCCUCGCCGGCGCCCAAGAAGCGCAAGACGGCGGCGAUCAAGAAGCCCGCGGCCGACGCCGGGUGGGCCUCGGACGGUCUCGAGCAGCUCAAGCUCCUUGCCCGCACCGCCGGCGUCCUCGCGCCGGCCAUCUACAAGAAGAUUCGGGAGGCGCCGAGCCUCGCCGCCGCCGAAGACCUUGUGCGGGAUCGCUUGCUUGCGGCCAACGUGCGCUGGCAAGGGCGGUACCCCGGCAAGCACGAUGUGGCCGCCAUGAAGCGCAAGCGUGACUUGGCCCGGGAGCUCGACGGUAUGGACACGAGCUUGAUCAUUGACGAAGGGCCGCGCCGGGCGCGACGUGAUUAUGUCGAGCCGCCGAGAAAAGCCUUGUCGCUGGGCGACGACGUGCCUCCGCUCAUGGGCACGGACGAGAGCGACGGGAGCAGCUCCGAGGCGUCCUUUACGCUGCACGACGACGACGACGACGAAGAGGAAGACGACCAUGAGGAUGGUUCAGAUGAGGACGAGGAGUAG